AUGGAACCGAGGAGGUUAGAGCGGUUAGUGUUCCUGCUCUGCUGCAUUGCGGCAAUCACAUGCAGGCUACACGCACAAGCUCAGGCCCAAACAACUCUGCAACACACCAAAAGCUCAACUCACACUGGAGCAGUGGGUAGGAAUUUGUCAGAGUUGGGAAACAGAUCAGAGAGUGUGCUCUCAAGAAGAACGAGGAGAGUUGAUCCUCUUGAAGGACUGAGGAAAUAUGAGGAGGGUAGAUCUGGAUAUGUGAUGUCAGGAUUAUGGAUUAUCGGUGGCAUCAUUUUUGUUGUAGUUCUUCUCGUCUCCAAGAUUUUCUUCCCAAAAAAGAAAGAAAGAUACACUGACUUCGACUAUUUCCUUGAGAGAUAUCAAAUUUUGACUGUGAUACUCUGUAUCCUCCUUACAGUUUUCGUCAUAGUUUCUUCAGCAGUUGCGCUUCGUGGCACGGUACAAUUCCACUCAAGAGCAGAAUCUGUGAAAGAGAUAAUCGGGACGACUGCACUUGAGGCUACAGCAACAAUUUUCAACAUAACAGGUGCCAUUGAGAAGAUGCAGAACACAUCAAAGCUGUACAACUACACCAGCCAAGCUUGGGAUCAUCUGAACUCCACAGUUGAGGCGCUCAACUCCGAAGCCGUGGAGAUUCAGGCGAAGGCAGAGAAGAACAUGCGCUUGGUUAGCAAGGGAAUCAGGAUUCUGGAACUUGUGACAAUUUUAUGUGUGACGCUGAAUCUUGUCGCACUACUGGUGUUGCUGGUAGGGAGGCCUCUAAGGCUGCAAAAGCUGUGUUGCUUGUGCAUGGCCUUCUGCUGGAUAUUGACAGCCCUAUUCUGGAUGUACUUCGGUCUGUACUACUUCUUCGACAAGUUUGCCGGGGACACGUGUGUCGCCCUGGACGAGUACCAGCUGAACCCUCAGAACAGCACGCUGGGCACCAUCAUACCCUGCAGCGAGAAGCUCUCCGCUGACGUGAUCCUGCACGACGUCGGUGCAGGCAUCCAUGACAUCAUUGACCAGUACCAGUACAGGGCGGAGAACUGCCCCUCCGGCGCCGCCACCAUCGGUGACAUCCCGCAGGUGAACACAACCGUAGCUACAGUUUCAGAUUCCAGAACAAAUGUGUAUGUAUGGUCAAUUGUUGCUGAUCUUGACAUGGCGUUGCCUGCUGUCGUAAAGAUCCUGAAGAGGCUGACGUGCUCGGACUUCGGCGGCGGCGCUAACUGCCGCCCGGCCGACCUCUCGUCGGCGAUCGACUACGACAAGGUGCAGUCGUACACGAGCUCCAUCCAGAACGUGCUGGACAUCUUCCCGGGCACGGAGCGGCUGGUGAGCUGUGAGCUGGUGAAGGCCGGCUUCGCGGACAUCGUGGGCAACCAGUGCGCCCCGCUGCGACGCGGCGCGCGCGCUGCGUGGGCCGCGCUCGCCGCGCUGUCCGCGUCCAUGGUGUUGCUGAUUCUGCUCGUGCUCGUGGCGACCAACGCCCGCCACCCAGGCGACGACCGCCUGUCCGUGCGGCACCUCACGUCGUCGACCAACUCAGAGAUCUCGGAGGUGGAGUUCGCCGAGAUGCACGCCAAGAAAGUGCGGAUCAGGGUUGGGCCAUGA